AACUAAGGCCACGUCCCUCUCAUUAUCUCCCCUUCUCUCUCGACCCAACCAAAUCACAGUAGCACCUGUCUAAGCCUCUCGCCCCACCUCCUCCCUUUUUAAAGUCACGAGACCGACUGUCCCCUUUGUUCUUUCAAUUUGUGUGUUUGAGAGAGUGAGAGAGAUGUCUCCAGACGGCCUGGCAGAGAAACUGAAAGAGAACUUUCAAGCUCCUUUCUCCACCUUCACUCAACUAGCCUCUAUAUUGCAGUCUCAAACUGAAGUCUUAUAAUUUUCCAAGCUUUAGUUAUCUUCCAUCUGAAGUGUUCGCCUCAUAUUUUCUGUCUUUCUCUGUCGGUACCAUGAGACCGGAGAGGAACCCCCUAGACCUCAACAACUUGCCCGAAGAUUUCACUAGAGACGGAAAACAGGUCUUUGAGGAUAGCUCCUCCUCCGCAGGCUGUAGGAAAAAGAAAAGCGGCGGAAAGGAUGGAAAAGAUGAGUGUGGGAAGGUCUAUGAGUGUAGGUUUUGUUCCCUCAAGUUCUGUAAAUCUCAAGCUCUAGGAGGACACAUGAACCGCCACCGCCAAGAGAGAGAGACAGAAACACUGAACCGGGCUCGUCAGAUUGUCUUCAGUAACGAAAACCUAGCCGCCCAAGGCCCUCAUCUAGGCGGCCAACCUAUCGCACCAGGGAGCUUUCAUCAAACAGGCAACAUGGGAGAUCCAACACUACCCUUCAGAUCAGUCUACCCAACAAGAAUGUUUUCGGGUUCUUCAUCAACACUCUUAACACCACCACCACAACCAUAUCUAUACGCUUCGCCAUCGCGCUUAGUCUCUUAUCCAUCACAGUAUCCUCCACCCUCAAUGAAUGAUUACUAUGUAGGUCACGUCCUCAGCAGCGGCUCACAGUACAGUCAUCCGGGUCUAAAUUACGGAGGUGCUUCAGAUUCAAAUUACACCUGCAUUGGAGCUCCAGUGGGACAUGGGUUCCCACCCAGCAAUGGAGGGGGACGGGGGUCCGAAUUGGGUGGAUCAGGAGGAGGAGGAGGAGGUGGUGGUGGUGGUGGUAGGGACGGGUCACUGCAGAAUCAGGAGGAAGGGUUGAAUUGGGGAAGGAGCUAUGCAGGGUCACAGCAACGUAUGGACCCUUCUUUGAUCAAUCGGUUUCAAGAUGGGUUCUAAAGAUUUUUUGAGUGCGAGUGGAAGUUUUAAUCUGCUGUGACACGCCACUUAGAGAGAAAGAGAGGGAGAGGGAGAGAGAAGCAAUAAACUGACAAAUGUGGUCAUGCAAGAAAGAGAAGGAAGUUUUGGUUUUUCUACAGGUAUGGGACAGCUUUUGAGCUCAUACAGAGUCUCAGCUAGUUUGGCUUGGAGCUUGGGAUUGGAGGGCUUGUAUUGGUGUGUUGUACCAACAUUGAAAAGGAAACCAGAGAUGGUAAGAAGAGGGACUUGUGCAGGUGGGACAAGGAGUUAGAUAUGAACUGAAAGUUUCCAACCCUUUUUUGCAUUUGGAGUUCGUUUUGCAUGGCAAUGAAUUUUUUUAUUUUCUUUUUGUGUUUUUGUGCCUUCUCUACCUCCAUCUUUGACCAGAGAUGAGAGGAGGAAGCUGCUGUUCGCUCUCUCUCUCUCUCUCCCUCUCUCCUUCCCUCUCUCUCUACAUAAUAGGCAUUUAAGUCUCUUGAUACUCUAAUGGCCUCACCAUGCUUACACAAUACGGGCAAUGAACUAGACAGUGUUCUGGGAUUCUGUUGAACUCGUUUUUGCUGAAAGUUUCCUGAUCAGAGCUAAUCAAUUCUGUCAAGCAAUGCCUGUA